AUGGGUCAAAUUGAUUACCAAGAAUGGGCUGCCAACAAGAAUUUUCACGUUGGUUAUACUCUCGUUUUCAAUUACAACGAUCAAUUCCAUAACGUGAAGCAAGUUACACAUCAAGGUUACGAAUCAUGCAAUGCUACGUCCCCAGCAGCUACUUACACCAACGGCUCCGAUACAGUCACUCUUGAAAAACUUGGCCACUUUUACUUCAUAUGUGGUUACCCUGGUCAUUGCCUUUCAGGACAAAAGAUUGAUAUCUUAGUUGCUUCAGCAGCUUCAAAUCUGAGUCCUGCUCCAUCACCUAAGAGCUCAGAACGUAGCAGUGCUUCACAUCUUUAUUUAAUUUCCAUGGCUGCUGUUUACCAAGUAGGUGAAUCUGCAGGGUGGACAAGCAUGGGUCAAAUCGAUUACCAAGAAUGGGCUGCCAACAAGAAUUUUCACGUUGGGGAUACUCUCGUUUUCAAUUACAACAACCAAUUUCACAAUUUGAAGCAAGUUACACACGAACGUUACGAGUCAUGCAAUGCAACGUCCCCAAUAGCUACUUACAGCAACGGCUCUGAUACAGUCGCUCUUGAAAAACUUGGCCACUUAUGCUUCGUAUGUGGUUACCCUGGUCACUGCCUUGCAGGACAAAAGAUCGAUGUCUUAGUUGCUCCAGCAGCUUCAAAUUUGAGUCCUGCACCACCACCUCAAAGCUCAGAACCUAGCAGUGCUUCAUAUCUUUAUUUAACUAAUCUGUCGUGGACUUUGAGUGUACUACUAGCCUUCUGUCUCUCAGGAUUUGCUUAUUAG